UUCUUAAUUAAGAGUCUAGUAAGGGUAGAAUAAGGUCUUGCAGAAUAAGGUAUUAAUUAGUGACUUAUAAUGACUAACAAAUGGCUAAUAUGCUACUAAUACAUAUGUUAGUAAGCAGCUAACUAAUGGUGAAUAUGUGUGUCUUAAUAUAAAGUGUUACCGACUUUGAUUAUUGAAUCAUUAUAAUCACAAGGUGUACAGAUGAAGUACUUACACACAAAUAUAUUCAGAUUUUAAAACACAGUGUGUGCACACAUUUUACAACAAGCAAACUGUGAAUUCAUGUCGAAUGAUUGCUUAAGUAAAUGCAGUAAUAUACAAUCAAUUAGCCUUAAGCACAUGAUUGAAAACAAAGGGGCAAUUGGUCUGUCAAUAGUUUAGCUGCUUUUUAAAGUUUAGAAAUCAACGUUCAAAUUUAAUUUUACGCACAUGUGAUGCAAGAAAUCACAUGGCUUCACAGGAAUGUCUCAAAUCAGCACCUGUGGUUUAGCCGUUACAGUAUUUCAAGGAAAUUGGCUACUAGUGGUCACUUUUUGUGCAUUUUCCUAAAUGUAUAUAAAAUAAAGCGUCCGUCCGUCCGUGAUUUGCUACUUCUGAUUGUUGAAAUACAUGCUGAAUUAGAAUUUAACCAGACAAAGAUAAAUAUGGAUAGACAUAGAGCUUGAAUUUUAGGCCAAGUCAUCAUACUACAGUAUUUUACUGAUGCUAGCCAGCAAAUAGCAUUGUCAUAGGACCUUCAAUAACUGUUAAUGACAAAGUCACAUAGUAUGACUUGUUACAGCUUGCAGUUCUGAUGCCAAUAUGGUUGUAACAGCCCCUCUUUUCAGUGUCCGCCUCUGAGUGAAACUUGCUUGAACAUUUUCUAGGGCUGAGAAACAAUCUGGGGUGAAAUAGUUUGAGCAAAUGGUGAAUUUAAUGUUGAAGUCUUGAGGGAUCGACUGUUCCUUGGGAAGGAAAUGCAAACAGAUUACAUUCUCUGUGCAACCUGGAGCACAAGCCAGUGGUCUGACAUUUUUUAUAUUGUUGAUAAACUUUCUGUUUUCUUCGUAAUUCCUGUAGAAGUAAGCUGCAUCCAUACUCCUUGGCCCAGAACAUGUGGGUGUAUGCACAUUGUGGGAGUGUAAAAGAGGUGCAGUCCCUGUGUGUUGUGUAACAUUUGUUGCCAAUGCCCCACUUUGCAUUUGCAUUUAUUCAUUUAGCAGAUGCCAACGUGACUUACAGUACAUAUGUCAAUUAUCAUUAUCAUAUAAAUUAGCGGGCAUUUCAUGUUGUGGGAUUUGCAUAUGAGGCAAGCAACAAUGGGAUUUGAGGUUCACGGUAGGCCUAUGUUCAUUUUACAUACCAAACUGUCAUUACGCCAAGGUACAGUUUUACAUUCUAUUACUCCUUUGCUUUGCAAGCUCUUCCUUCUGGAAAUACAUCUCUUUUUACAGUUCAUGCAAAUGUAGUCCUACUGGGCUUCUUGUUAUUCUUCCAUAUCCUCAUCACCAUUAUUGUUGUUAUUAUUAUUAUUAUCAUAAUGGUUUUAGAUGAAUAAAUUAACAAACUGUACUUUACUCCAUUGCUGCAUUCUCGUUUCAUUCACAUCAAAUAUCAAUAAUGGUAAGUUAGGGAUAGUGACGAAGACUAUUUAAAAAUCUUGGCUCUUUCACAUCCAGGGGUUAGUGGUCAAGGUAAGAGUCUGCAGCUGUAAAAGAGGUCUGGCUUUUCCCAAAGCUCAUGGUGGGGAGGGGGACAGCGCAAGCAGACUCUCCCUGGGUAGCCUAGACCCGUGGGAGGCAAAGAAUUGGUGGGAGGAAAUAACAACGCGAUUCAAGAUCCUGGCAUUACCUCACCAGUAAAGGAUAAGACGAGGGAAAGGAAUUGCUACAUAAUUAAAAAGCAAAACCUCUCAACAGAGAGGAGCAUCAUGAGACCAGGCUUGCUAAAGGAUUCUAACACCAAAACAGACACUUGGAUGAUUUAAACAGACAGUAUUUUAGGUACCUAUUUUGAUAGUUCUGAAGUUGACAUCUCUCUAUGGAGAAGAAUCUGAAGAGUGCUGGGUUUGACUCAUUGGAUAUGGAUGGAACCAAGGCGGGAAACUUGCUCUGUGACAGAGUAGCCCCUCCAGGCUCUACAAAGGUAACUCUUAGUGACACAGAUCAAUGGAUGAAGGUAGGAAUGGUUGGACCAAAAGGGAUGAAGUCUCAUAAUUGUCCUGAGAAUGCAGCUCGUGAGAGGAGUCGGGUGAGGAACCUGCGAGAGGCAUUCCACAGGCUGCAGGCUGCACUACCCUCUGUCCCUCCAGACACCAAGCUGUCAAAGUUGGAUAUACUUGUUCUGGCCACCAACUACAUUGCCCACCUCACAGAUACACUGGAUCAGAGCAGGUGCUUCAGUGAUCAGACUUUUUCAAGCAAGGCUGGUGGAUUUCUGCAUCCUGUUAAGAAAUGGCCGAUGCGCUCUCUGCUGUAUUGUGGAAAUAUGGACAAAUGGCUUACAGGCGUUCCAGCCAUCCAGGAGACAACCACUGCAUCCCCGGUGACUCCCAAACGUUCAGUGAAUAUGUGAUGUGUUUUAACUUGGAUCUGAUAUUUGGUUGGCAUACUGGUCAUUCACCACUCACACUUUUUAAGAAGUUCAUUCAUGGCAUUUUGGGCAAAAUUCAUGUGAUUUAAAGUACAUAUCUCAAAUCACUGAACACUAACAAGCAAUAAAACCUUUA